AUGGGUCGAGUAAGAACAAAAACAGUCAAAAAAGCUGCAAGAGCGAUUGUUGAAAAGUUUUACGCAAGAAUGACUGCCGAUUUCCACAUAAAUAAAAGGAUUUGUGAUGAAUUCGCCGUAAUUCAAACCAAAGGACUGAGAAAUAAAAUUGCAGGCUAUGCCACACAUCUUAUGAAAAGAAUCCAAAAGGGUCCCGUAAGAGGAAUUUCGCUAUUUCCUCCCUUUAAAUUGGAACAAAACAUCGGUAACUUUUGCAUUUUUGGAUACUUUAACCCUCUUUAAACUGUAAAUAGGAAAAUUUUAUGUAGAAUGCUAUUUAAAUAGUUUCCUCAACUAACUUUUUUAUUUAAUUCUUCAUAAAAUUAAAUUAAAGUUCAAAGCAUAUGCUCAAUUUAUAUUUAUUUUUUGUAGAUAAUAAAUCUUUUUUAUAUAUAGAAGCAUUUAAAAUAUAAUUUUUGUUGUAAAAAACAAAUUAAUCUCUUAAAUUGGAGAGGGAUCUUUUGUUCCAAUUUAAAGGGGGCGGAGUAAAGAUACAAGAGGAAGAAAGAGAAAAGAAGCUUGAUUAUAUUCCAGAGCGUUCAAUUGUGAGCACAAAGGAAAUCAGAGUGGAUGCAGCCACACUUGAGCUGCUGAAAGCUUUAGAUUUAGCUGAACUUCCCAAUAUUAAGGUGGAAGAGCCAAAGCAAUAA